CCGGCGGGUUCGGGGGCGCCGCUGGAGCUGUGGCACCUGAGAAGCGGGGACGGGCGCUUCUUCCAGCUGCUGCGGGCACAGCCCCGGCGGUGCCUCUGGGGAAGCGUCGUUGUUACCUGCCUGAAAACGGCCUGUGCGCCGCUUCCAUUGCUGGCCUCUCCCCUACCCCCGCCAGGCCUGAAAGACUACAGUUUUAUGUUGGAGACGGAGAACUGCAGGAAGCUGCGCAGGCCUUGAUUUAUGCUGGAAUGGCAGGGUCCAAUUUGGAAAAUAUUCAAGAAAAAAUAAAUGAGUACUUGGAGAGAGUUCAAGCUCUCCAUUCAGCAGUUCAGUCACAGAACACAGACCCUCUGAAGUCAAAACAACAGUUGGAUUUGGAGCGUGCUCACUUCCUAGUUACACAGGCUUUUGAUGAAGAUGAUAAAGGCAAUGCAGAAGAAGCUAUAGAGUUGUACACAGAAGCGGUGGAACUCUGUUUGAAAACAGCUACUGAAACUUCAGAAGCUGGCCUCCAGUCAAAACUGAAACAGCUGGCUCGACAAGCACUGGAUAGAGCAGAGGCGCUGAAGGAAUCUGCGUCAAAGGCAUCUCAGAAGGAGAAGUCAACUGCGGCUAAACCAAAUCAGCCAGUGAGGACAUUCUUUCCAUUGGGACCUGAUUUUUCUUUAAAUGAUAAACCACAGACAAUCAGAGCAGUACAAGCUAGUGAACCUCAAGGUCAGAGAUACACUGCAGAGGAGAUUGAAGUACUCAGGAAGACUUCAAAAAUUAAUGGCAUAGAAUAUGUACCUUUCAUGAGUGUCGAUCUGAGGGAACGUUUUGCAUUCCCUAUGCCAUUUUCUGAUAAAUGUGGGAAGUUACCAUUAUCCCCCAAACAGAAAGCAAUGUUUGCCAAGUGGGUGAGACCAGAUGACAUAACAAAUAACCCUACGAUGAUUUACACUGUAUCAAGUUUCAGCAUAAAGCAGACAAUAGUGUCAGAUUGUUCUUUUGUGGCAUCACUUGCUAUCAGUGCAGCAUAUGAAAGAAGAUAUAACAAAAAAUUGAUCACAAGUAUAAUUUACCCUCAGAAUAAGAAAGGAGAACCAGAAUAUAAUCCAUGUGGCAAAUACAUGGUGAAGCUUCAUAUCAAUGGUGUACCUAGAAAGGUAAUCAUAGAUGACCAGUUACCUGUUGAUCAUAGUGGCGAACUUCUUUGCUCUUAUUCUAACAAUAAGAAUGAAUUAUGGGUAUCACUAAUAGAAAAAGCUUACAUGAAGGUCAUGGGAGGAUAUGAUUUUCCUGGAUCAAAUUCUAAUAUCGAUCUCCAUGCACUGACUGGUUGGAUACCUGAAAGAAUUGCUAUGCACUCUGACAAUCAAGCUUUCAAUAAAGAUAGUACUUUCAGAAUGCUGUAUCAGAGAUUUCACAAGGGAGAUGUCCUUAUCACAACAGCAACAGGGGUGAUGUCUGAAGAGGAAGGAGAAAAAUGGGGUUUAGUUCCAACCCAUGCGUAUGCAGUCUUGGAUAUAAGAGAAUAUAAGGGACUUCGAUUUCUUCAGUUGAAAAACCCCUGGAGCCACUUACGUUGGAAGGGACGAUACAGUGAAAAUGACACAAGAAAUUGGACCCCAGAUUUACAAAAAUACUUGAACUUUGAUCCAAGAACAGCUCAGAAAAUAGACAAUGGCAUUUUCUGGAUUGCCUGGGAGGAUCUGUGCCAGUACUAUGACGUUAUUUAUUUGAGUUGGAACCCAAGUCUUUUUAAAGAGUCUACGUGUAUUCACAGUACCUGGGAUGCAAAGCAAGGCCCGGUGAAGGAUGCCUACAGCCUGGCAAACAACCCUCAGUACAAGCUGGAGGUCCAGUGUCCCCAGGGCGGCGCUGCCGUCUGGGUUCUGCUCAGCAGGCACAUCACAGAUAAGGAUGACUUUGCACACAAUCGGGAGUUCAUUACAAUGGUUGUAUACAAGACUGAUGGCAAAAAAGUUUACUAUCCAGCUGAUCCUCCUCCGUAUAUUGAUGGUAUUCGGAUCAACAGUCCUCACUACCUGACCAAGAUAAAGCUGACCUCUCCAGGGCCCCAUACAUUUACCUUAGUGGUAUCCCAGUACGAGAAACAAAACACUAUUCAUUACACCAUCAGGGUGUAUUCCUUGUGCAAGUUCACCUUUUCCAAGAUUCCUACACCUUACACCAUUUCUAAACGGGUUAAUGGACAGUGGAAAGGUCACAGUGCUGGAGGAUGUGGAAAUUUCAGAGACACCUACAGAAAUAACCCCAUUUAUCAAUUCCAGCUGGACAAGAAUGGACCGUUACUAAUUGAGCUCCGGGGACCAAGACAAUACAGCGUUGGGUUUGAACUCAUCACUGUCUCGACAGUAGGAGAUCCUGGUUCCUGUGGCUUUCAGAAAAAGACCAGUGGUGACUACAGGUGUGGAUUUUGCUACUUGGAAGUGGAGAACAUAUUUGCUGGAGUUUACAACAUUAUCCCCACCACAUUCUUGCCUCAACAAGAGGGUCCUUUUUUCUUAGACUUUAACAGUACUACUCCUCUUAAGGUAUCACAGCUGCAGUGAGGAGAGAGAUCUGUGCAUUACUGUUUAAGGAGGUGGGUUUGAUCUGUCCUACAGCCCGAGAACAGGUGAAUAGCUCUUACUACACACACGCAUAAAAGAAAAUUACAUUCUAAGUUAUAGCCAAAAGCAUGGCAUCACCAACUGGCCAGUUAUUUGUGGCAGACAGUGAGCUGUGGGGUUUGCUGCUAUGGUAUUGGAGUGAGCACUGCUCAACUGGGCUUGUGAACAGGCCAAAAUGCUUUUAUUCAAAUGAACUGGCAGAACUCUAUUGCAGUUUCUCCACGCUUCAAAUCAAGGUCUAGUGAGUUAAGAGAAAAACUAACACUGCAAUUCUCUUCUCCCACAAUACAGGGCAUAGGGGUUAAAGAUGUUAUUCUUAAAAGUAAACAUGUAAGAAAAAAAUAUUCUUGUGUAUUCUGCUUAUUCAGUCUCAGGACCAAAUAGCUUUUGCUACCUACUUGUGCUGCUAUCUUGAAUGUUUUCAGCAUUGAACUAGUUCUCACAUCUAAAUGUAAAUUUACUACUGCUGAGCAUGCAGAAUUCCAAAUUAACAUGUUCAGCUUACUUAGAACAUGUAUAUAGGAGUAAAGGA